GACUUUACUGAGCCUGCGCAGUGCGACGAGUUCGCCACCGCCUGGCUUGUGUGGUACAACUGUUGUUAAAGCAGAGAAGGGAGCAAACUGAGGGUUAUAGUACAUUUUUAUAUAUGAAAUGUUCAGUUUCUCCUGAUUAGUCGGACUCUGGAAAAAAAGAGGAGGAACCGGACAGGAGUAACGGACAAUCAGAAGAGAAAAAACGGAGGAGGAGGACCGGGAGGAGAACAUUUGGGACAGUGGAAAAUGCUGCGGAUUUGACUAAAAGCUGACCGUAACUUCAGGCACUUGAAUACGUCCUCAAACCCAGAAGAAGUGGGAUUUUUAGUGAUGUCCCAUUUGUUGUCUAACUGCGUCUGCCUGUGAUGACCUGCAGCAUAUGUCUGGCGUCACAAUGGAAGCGAGCUCCUUCCUGCCCAUCCUAAAAAAGAAGCUAGCCUUCCUCUCAGGGGGCAAGGACCGGCGUAGUGGUCUGAUCCUGACCAUCCCCCUCAAUUCAGAUCAGACCAGCAUGGAGGAACUUAGCGCCACUCUGGACUACCUGCUCAGCAUCCCUAGUGACAAGUGUAAGGCUCGGGGUUUCACUGUGAUCGUGGAUGGCCGGAGAUCUCAGUGGAACAUCGUGAAGACGGUGGUGCUCAUGCUGCAGAACGUGAUCCCACCGGAGGUGUCGCUGGUCUGUGUGGUGAAGCCUGAUGAAUUCUGGGAUAAGAAGGUCACCCACUUUUGUUUCUGGAAGGAGAAAGAUCGCCUGGGCUUUGAGGUGAUCCUGGUUUCGGCCAAUAAGCUCACACGUUACAUCGAACCGUGCCAGCUGACUGACGAUUUUGGAGGAAGUCUGGACUAUGACCACAGUGACUGGCUCAACAAGAGAUUGGUUUUCGAGAAGUUCACAAAGGAGUCAACAUCUCUUCUGGACGAGCUGACGAUCAUCAACGACAGUGAAAAGAGCACCUCCGUGGACAAAGACAAAACGACUGAUGGAGCUCUCUUGCCAUCCUUCGAUCCUGAAACUGUCCUCCAGACUGGUCAUGAGCUGCUGUCAGAGCUGCAGCAGCGCCGGUUCAACGGCUCAGAGGGAGGAGGGGGAGGACAGGCAGCCCCAGCAUGGUGCCCUAUGGAGGAGGAGCUGCUGGCUCAGCCUCAGGUGAUGAAGCUGCUGGACUCGCUCAGGGAGCAGUACACCAAAUACCAGGAGCUGUGCAGGCAGCGGAACAAGAGAGCGCAGCUAGACGAGAUCCACGCCAAGGUCAUGCAGGUGGUCAACUGGCUGCAGGGUCCUGGUUCAGAUCUGCUGAAGACUCAUCAAAUGAUCGGAGAUUCGAUGCGAGCGGCGCAGUCUCUGCAGCAGAAACACGAAGAGAUCGAGAGCCAGCACAGCGAGUGGUUUGCGGUUUACGUGGAGUUGAACCAACAAAUUGCUGCCCUGCUCAGUGCCGGGGAGGAGGAGGAAGUGGUGGAGCUGAAGGCGCUGCAGCAGCAGCUCAGCGACGUCUGCUACCACCAGGCGUCCCAGCUGGAGACCCGUCAGAAUGUCCUGCAGGCAGCACAUGUCUUCCACAGCACCACGCAGGAGUUGUCUCAGCAGCUGGAUGGACUUCUGGGCAUGCUCUGUGCUGACGUGACCCCCGCUGACGGGGCAUCUAUUCAGCAAAACCUCAAACUGCUGGAGGAGAAACUGCAGACUGUUGAAGCAGGUCUGUCCUCCCUCCGUCAGAAGGGGACGCUGGUUCUGGAGCAGAUGUGUGGCCAGUCGUCGUGGUCUCUGGAGGAAGCAGAGAGUCCUCCUGGAGAGCAGCAGGACAAUGUUCAGCACGUUCAGGCUGUAUUGGAGGAGAUGGAGCUCCGUAAGCAGAGAUGUGAGGACAUGGUGGAUGUGAGGAGGUUGAAGAUGCUGCAGAUGGUCCAGCUGUUUAAAUGUGAAGAUGAUGCUUUACAGGCAGUUGAGUGGCUCAGUGAGUUGUUGGAUGCCUUGUUGAAGACUCACGUCAGACUGGGAGAUGAAUCCCAGGAGACACGGACAAUGUUGGACAAACACAAGAAGUUUGUGGAUGUAGCUCAGAGCACGUACGAUUACGGCCGCCAGCUUCUGCAGGCGACCGUCGUCCUCUGUCAGUCACUCCGCUGCACGACGCGCUCAUCUGGCGACACUCUGCCGCGACUUAACCGGGUGUGGAAGCAGUUCACCGUCACCGCCGACGAGAGACAGCAGCGGCUGGAGCUGGCCCUGAACUUCCACACGAUCGCCGAAAGAGUGUUGCAGCAGGAACGUGUGGAGGUGGAGUCUCUGGAUGAAGUUGACUCUUCAGGUAGAACUCUGCUGGACAGACUCGCCUUGCCGAUCAUCUUCCCUGAUGGGAGUGAGCAGUUCUUUGGGACUCCCAGUGACACAGCAGCCACGGCGGAGGGGGUUAGAGAGCGUCUCCUACUGAUCGAAGAGCGGCGGCUGCAGCUGCAGGAGGCAAGGCUGCUUAAUAACGAGGAGGAUGAGGAGGAAGCGGUUAACGGCCUGGAGGGGAGGUUGGAUGUAAUCGGAGAAGAACUAAGUGAGAAAGAGGAGCAGGAUGAGGAGGAGAAGGAGACAGAGCAUCAGGACGAAGACUUAGAGAGGGCUACGCAGGACUGCUAAUGGAUGUCUGGUGUUAAACCGAGCAGCCUUAAUGAAGCUUGUUGGUGAAGGGCUGCUGACGUCUGAAACAGUUCUCUGAGGCACAAAUCAUCAUCAGGUUCCUGCUGCAAAAAAAAAAAAAAAGCAUUUAUCUGACUGUCAGCCUUUCUUUAAAAUUAAGACAAUAUCGCUCCUCAGCCUCACUACAUUACCUUUUCCCACAAGUGGAUAAACAUGAUGGAUCGUACUCCUCAGUCAUUCUUUCACUCGUUGGGACAGAUACUGGGAGAACUGUGCUGUUUCUCUGACAUCAGUGAUUGGAAACCAUAAAACGAUAAAACUGGAAUGAUUACAACUCAUCUUUCUGCUCUGUAGAGGAUAAUCAUUUUUGAUGGGUACUCCUAACACCGCUGCUGCCUCCUCCUCAUUUACAACUUGAGCAAAUCUUCCAUGGUGCUUACCGCAGCUUCGUGUUGCUCUUUGGGUCGUUUUUUUUAUGUGCUUAUUCAUUUGAAAUCUGUAGUUUGUCUGCAGAAUAGAAAAGAAGCCAUCCUGGUUGAAUUCCUUUAACUAUCAAGUGUGAAAUCAGUCUGCUUUCAGUACUCUUUUUUUUUUUUUUUUUUUUUUUUUUAUAGUGGCUCCGUUAAAUACUUUAAUGACCAGUCUCAAAGAACCGAAAGGAAAUCUGUUACAAUGUUUGGUACAAUAUUUACAACUGAUCUGAAAUUUGUUUUUCUUUUAAAAAUGUCUGCCAAUGUGUGGGAAAGAGUGCAAUUAUCUUUAUAACGCAGUGUUCUGUGUGUUUUUCAGCAUCUCUAAGAAAGGACAAUGUGGCAAGACAUGAGAAACCUGGAGGAUUAAGACGAUGCUUUAAAAAGUGCAGGUCUUCAAGAAUUUACUUGUUUAAACAGUGAUGCAAUGAAAUCUUGGUAUUUUUAUUGAAGGUUAACAUACUGUGAGCGCUUCAUGCCGGCUCGAACCUAGUGACUGUUACAUGCUCAAGUCAAGGCUCCACAGUACCAGGCCAGAACCUGCAUGGUGAUUUUCAUGAAAGCUCUGUCGUGAUUUAUAUACACUCUUAAACUAAACCAACAACUCUUGACACACAACCUGUUAAAUAAACUAAAGGGUUGAACCUGCUGCAUGUUCCAUCCAGCUGAUUGUUUUCAGAGUUGUUCUGAACUUGAAAAAAGGGCAAAACUCUAAAACCUCUAUGGUUUAAAUCAUAGUACAACAUGUUAUCCCAGAUUGGACCAUAAAGCUCUCAGAACCACAGUCGGUGAAAAAUGUUAGUUAUAUUCAGUGGAUCCCCUUUUCCACUGAUAUAUUUCACUUAGAGAACCGGUUUAUUAAAUGUGGUUGAGUUUGUGUGAUAGUUUAUAUCCUUCAGAUCAAUUCUGAAUUGCAAAAUAAAUUGUACAAGGUUUUUAAUUGGAUUCUGCAGGAGAUCUUGUCUGAUCCAGCAGCUCUGAUGGAGAUCAAAUGUGCAGCUCUCUUUCCUGCAGACUGAAUGGUGAAACUGAAGCGUUUGUGAGCGCAGUCCAGUGUUUAUCGAGAUCAGAUGCAGACAUGGCAGAUAUCUUUUAUCUAUUUAUUGACUGUUUUAAGUUAAACAUUCAAUGUUCCUGGUUGGUCUUUUCUUAAGAACUGCUGCUGUUGGUGUAAUCGCUCUAUCCUGCUCUGUCUUUACCAUCCAAUGGCAAAAGCCACAGCAUCCUCCUCUAAAUAAAAGUAUACAAGAAAACCA